AUGGUUUAUGAUCCAAAUUCUUUAUCAAACAUUGACAAGAUAAAAACAAAUCAUGUCGAUUUGAAAUUAAAGGUUAACUUUGAAGAAAAACUUAUAGAAGGAAGUGUCACUUUACACCUUGUCAAUCUUGUUGACGAUGUUCAUAAAGUUAUUCUUGAUACUAAUCACCUUGAAAUAAAAUCUGUUUCUAGAGAUGAAGAAAACGAAAAAUUUGGAUUACCUUUACAUAUUGAUCUUAAAGAUAAUUUAGCUGUCAAUACCAAAUUUACUAUAGAUAUUACUUACAAUUCAACAUCAGGAUGUACAGCUCUCCAAUGGUUAGAACCGAGUGUGCUAUCUACUGCUAACCUUUCAGAAGAAGGUUUCACUGUUGUUCUAGGCUCGCAAUGGGGCGAUGAGGGGAAAGGGAAACUUGUUGAUAUAUUGGCACAGGAAGCUCAUUCUUGUUAA